UGUAAUGUCAGUGUAUGACAUUGAUAUUAUAAUUUUAAAUUUUAACAUUCCUCACGGAUAUUUUCAAAAAUUGUUAUAUUCUUUAUUUCAACUUUUAAAUUUGUUCAUUUUAAAUUAAUUUAAAAUUUGUUCGUAAAUUAUUUUAGUGUGGUUGAAAUGCGUCGUAUUCAAAGAUUUUGCACGAAAAUUUUUAGCUGUUGCAGACUAACUUCAUUUAAUGAGCCAGUUUUUGCGUUUUAUGAACCGUCCUCCCUAAGCCCCAGAUAUUUUCCCUUAAAAGAAGGACAUAAGAUUCUCGGAGAGCCAGACUUUGUUAGUUCCAAACCAACAAUAAUAUACAUACACGGAUUCCUAGACAGCACGAAGUCAAAGCACAAUAAACUUGUUGUUCGCGCAUAUCAGUCCCGGGAAGACCAUAAUCUUUUGGCGAUUGACUGGAGUACAGGAGCCAAACCGGAUUACUUUGAUAAUGCGAUAACCAAUAUGAAGAAGACUGGAGCAUCCGUGGUGGAAGCAUUGCUACAAAUGCAUGAUGCCGGUCUUGAUUUUACCAAACUUCAUCUCGUGGGCCAUUCUUUGGGAGCACAAAUGGCAGGUUUAAUAGGCCGCACAAUCAAGGAAAAGACCGGUCAAGUGCUUUCAAUUAAAAGAAUUACCGCUUUGGAUCCAGCAUUUCCGGGUUUCCAUAGAAAGGACAUAAAAUCGCUUAACCGUGACGAUGCUGAUUUUGUAGAUGUUAUUCAUACGGAUGGUGGGUAUUUCGGUGAACCUGGACCUACAGGGACGGUUGAUUUCUUUCCAAAUAGCGGCCAUGCACCACAGCCAGGUUGCUUGAAUACGCCCGUUUUGAUUCAUGCAUGCGGUCAUUCACGAGCAUGGUGGUAUUGGGCAGAGAGUGUAGCGGACAAGAAUAUUAACAAAUUUGUUGCUGUGAAAGCCGGCUCUUGGGAGAAUUUCAAAUCAAAUCAAGUUGAAGGGAGUAAUCCGUUUAGUUUUAUGGGACUUAAUUGUCAAACAGAAUCAUCUGGUACAUACUAUCUCCAGACAAAUGGAUCCACGCCGUUUGCAAGAGGUGACCAGGGGACUAGUUACCAACAAGUCAGAGAGGAGGGUGCACCAAUAGACCUUGGCCCAGCAGCGGAUGAGAACAAUCUAGAUUUUCGCAAGGGGAAAGAACUUCUAAAGUAUUGGAAAAUAUUAAAAAAGAUAAAAUUGCCUGAACUAGCAAAGACUAAAUUCUAAAAGGCUGCCCGAGUCCAAAAGAAUUCGUAGCUUCUAUCGGAAUGAAAAAUUCAAACUACCAGUUUAUCAUUAAUAUAUAAUUUAAUUAGAGCUUUAUUUACAAAUAUAAGAAAUUCAGCACCUACUGCGCAUAAGGCUAGUUAUAAAAUCAGUACGUUUAACCUGUCUCCAUCUUAUAAUA